AUGGCAACGCGGAGUAGUCCACGGCUGAGCUACUACUACCGGCUUCUCAACCACACGGUGUUGGUUCAAGACCCCGCGACUGGCCUGAUACCCUCGCAGAAAUACGAGCACCACGCCUGGGUGCGUGACAACGUGUAUGCGGUUCUCUCAAUCUGGGCCCUCUCACUCGCCUACCGCAAGAACACCGAACUUGACGAAGACCGGGCGCGCACGUACGAACUGGAACAGUGCUGCGUAAAGUUGAUGCGAAGUCUGCUAUCGGCCAUGAUGGAGCAGAAAGAUAAGCUCGAACGGUUCAAAGAGACUCACAGCCCCACCGACUGCCUGCACGCGAAGUACAACUCGACCAGCAAGGAAACCUGCGCAGGUGACGAGGAGUGGGGGCAUCUACAGCUGGACGCGACGUCCCUCUAUCUUCUCACCCUGGCCCAGAUGACCGCCGCCGGCUUGCAGAUCGUGUUCAGCCUCGAUGAAGUCGCCUUUGUGCAGAACCUCGUGUUCUAUCUCGAGGGCGCCUACUGCAUACCGGACUACGGAAUGUGGGAGCGCGGCGACAAGACCAACCGCGGCAUACGCGAGCUCAACUCUAGUUCCGUCGGCAUCGCCAAGGCUGCCCUGGAGGCCAUGAGCGAGCUCAACUUGUUCGGGGGCUAUGGCGGCCCAUCGUCCGUGAUCCACGUCCUUUCGGACGAGGCCCAAGAGUGCGACGCCGUACUUACCUCCAUGCUUCCGCGAGAGUCCAGCUCCAAGGAAGUGGACGCAGCCCUAGUCACGAUCAUCGGUUUCCCUGCUUUCGCCGUGACCGACAAGGAACUGAUCGAUCUCACCCGUCGCACUAUCAUCGACAAGCUGCAAGGCCAGUACGGCUGCAAGCGGUUUUUGCGCGACGGUUACAAGACCGCCAGAGAAGACAAAGGGCGGCUCUACUACGAGGGCUGGGAACUGCAGGGAUUCGAGAACAUAGAGUGCGAGUGGCCGCUGUUUUUCUGCUACUUGAUCAUUGACGCCUGCUACCGUGGAGACCGCAUUACCAUGGACGAGUACUGCGACAUGUUGGAGAGAGUUCUCAUAAAGACUGAGGACGGGAUACGACUCGUGCCAGAGAUGUACGCCGUGCAAGCCGACAGGGUCAACAAGGAGUGCGAGAUGCCGCACACCCAACCACGCAUGCCCAUCGGCCAAAUUCCGUUCGUGUGGGCGCAGUCUCUGUACAUCGUGGGUCGCCUCAUGCACGACGAACUUAUCACGCCAGGAGAGAUGGAUCCGCUGAACCGCCGGCUAGGCAUGCUCAAGCGGCCGGACGUUGUUGUACAGGUGGUUUUGCUGGCCGAGAGCUCCACUCUGCGCGAUACGUUUGCCGAGUUAUGCCCCAGCAUACAGAAAUUGAGCGAAGUGCAACCAAUCGAAGUACAACCGGGGAGGGUGCUAGGGCAGCUGUAUUCGCAUCUCGGCCAAAACCGAAAAAUGGGUCUCUCUGGCCGCAGCGGCACGGACGUUGGCCUUCUAGCCACCAGCAAGAUCUACACCCUCCAGGACCACCUCUUUGUCUUCACGCCGCAGAACCUGGACAGUGAGGUGUUCCACCUCGUCAACGAUGUUGACCUGUUCGUAAGCACACUGCGCUCGGACCUAGCCGUGCUACGUUCGCACUGGUUCAUCCUGGGCCGGCCCACGGUGGUUGUCAUACUGAGACAGCGGCACCUGUUGCACAACAAGCCGCCGCCCUCGCUGCGUCAGACGAUCAAGAAACUGGCGUCCGGCUACAUCAACGGGACACGCGUUUGCUUGGGCAGCCUGGCCGACUUCAUGAGCACCUCAUGCAUCGCCAGCCUGGAUUUUCUCUGCAACUACGAAGACGGCGAAGCCGAAAACCUGCCCAUCCCCGUCCAGGAUUACCUGGACAAGACGAUCAGCAACGCCGACCUUCUCCGCAAGGGGGCAGUUCGAAGCCAAGUUCUCUCGGGAACGGCGAGCGUCGGGGCGCGCCGGAAGCUCGCGGUGGCCGGCAUCAUCAAGCGCAGUCGUUCCAUAACGGUUCAAGACAACGUGAUAGCCGACAGCGCAAUAGCGGCCGGAGUAUUGUCGCCGGGCCAAGGAUCGAUGAUGCCUUCGCCCAUCAUGUCCCGCCGCGGCUCUCUCGAAGAGCCAGUGCCGUUUGUCGACGCCGCUACCGAGCUGCAGCUGGACAAGGUUACCGAGGCAGAGCUGGUGAACACGCUGCGUGAGACCGAAUCUCUCGAGGAACAGGGGGACAUCCUCCACUACCUGGCCCUGCGCAAGGGCCUCAAAUGGGACACCGGCCUUGGCCAGCCGCACUCGGUGAUCACAGUGCGGGACCUGUUUCAGGAGUUUUACGAGCGCGCCUGCGAAGAACACCAGUGGGGCCUCGUGCGACACUUCGCUAGUUCUCUCGGCAAGCGGGUCGAGGACCUGGCGAAGACCGUCACAGACCUGCUGGUGCGUCAGAAGCAGGUGACCGUGGGUAUGCCGCCGAACAACGAAGAGGUGAUCACCCGGCCCCUGACCACCAAAGAACUACGCACAAUCAUCAUGCGGGUCCACAAGGGCGACCAGAGCACAGCCAUGCUGACCCAGGAGAUUCUCGCGUACCUGGCCCUGUUCAUACGCAGCAACCCGGCCGUAUUCCACGAGAUGCAACGCCUCCGCGUAGGCCUCAUCAUCCAGGUGAUGGCAUGGGAGAUGGCUCGCACGACCCAGCAGAAAGCUACGGACGCGGCCGACGCGCUGCUGAACCUGAGCCCGUUCGCCAUGCAGUCGCUGCUGAUGAACAUCAUAAGCGGCACGGAGCUGGAUAACAUGUCGCGCGUACUUUCAACGGCCCCCGGCUCAACCCCUGGCACUUUCGCCGCCAAGCGCAGCGAGGCUGAGGUCUUCUUGCACCAGGAAACCGAAGAGCCGUCGUCCAUCGAGGAGCAGGUGACACAGGGACUGUGGAUGCGUCGCCGUCGACUGGACGGUGCGCUGAACCGAGUACCCGUGGGCUUCUACACGCGCGUCUGGGGUAUCCUGGAGCGCUGCCCAGGCGUGUGGGUGCGCGGCUACUGCCUGCCCGUAGCCCUCACAAAGGAGAUGACGGCGGGCGAGAUCAAAUUCGCGUUACGCGUCGAAGAGAUGCUGAACAAGGUUCCGGAACCGGAGUACCGGCAGCUGCUGGUCGAGGCGCUAAUGGUGAUCAGCCUGGCAGUGGAGAACGACGUGGUGAGCGACUUCAAAACGCCCAUCGACGUCGAGUCCGUGGUGCAGCGCGCGCACGGCUUCUUCCUCGAGGACCAACUCGACUGCAAGGGUGAUGCGACGCUCUGCUGCGCGACUGGCACUAACCGUCCCAUCGCGCCUUGCCAGCCGGCCGUUGGUAUCUGCCAGCACUUCUACGACUCGGCGCCCAGUGGGUGCUACGGCACGAUGACCUACCUGGUCCGAGCCGUCGCCUACACGAUGCCGGACCUCAGCAUCUCCGCGCUCGACUGCAUGCCCUCGUGACUGGAUUGCGGGCUAUCGCCUUUAUUUUUUUCUUGCAGCCUCACAUUUUGGCUUGAUUCAGUAAAUUACACGCGCGACGUUCUAUCAUGGAUAUACCAGCCAGCGUCUGUUAUUGGUUACCAAUUUUACUUAUCACAGUGUCCAGCUGCCAAAGUUACUGUAAAAGUGCUCUGACAAGGUCAAGCACAGCAGGUUUACCUGCUUCAACAAAGCCUUAGCUGCCUCAGCUCUGGCUUGAUUCAAUAAAUUAAGCAAGCCACUCUCUUGCACGAAUAUCACCUAGCGUCUGUUGUUACCAAUUUUGUACAUAGUUUGCACCACAGUAUACCAGCUGCAUUACGGCAAGAUGCUGGAGAUGUGUUACGACAAGCUCAAGCGCCGCAGGUUUUUGUUAGCCACCUGGGAAGCAAAUUUUUUAUGCACGUAGUGCGCGCCGACGGACGUGCCACUUGUGGUGGCCUUGCUAAGUGCACUUUAGAAAGGAGGCAGCCGAGCUGAAAGCCGCAGUUUUCUGCAUCGUUGCUCACGCAACGUUUGAUCCACGUUUUCGGAGCGAAAUAAGCAACACCCUUCGCAGGUGUGUGGUGGCCAAAACUUCAAGGCAUGUCAAAGAAUAGCAGCGCGGUGGGGGGCUCAAAUACCUGCAAGAACUUGCCGCUGACAUGGUUGCCGAUGACACGGCUCACGCGUCCUAGCGGCAGCAAUUCUGAUUAUUUCUUUUCUCAUCUGCAUGUUUUUUCGCACUCGAUCGUGUUUGCACGCGCGGGUAUGCGACGACGUCGGUUACGGCCUAUUUUGUUCGGUUUGUCCGCAGUGCAGCAUGCGGGUGAAAGGCAUUUCGCUUAUGUUCUGAAUGCCGUUUGCCGCUUCUUUACGGUGUUGCUCUAGCUAGAGUGCCCGACUGCACGAGUGAACCGAGUUGCUGAGGCUUGAAAGGACUGAUUUUGUUGACGCACCAGUUGUCCCGCAGUUCAUGUUUUUGUAUCUAUUUUAUGCAUGGCUUCGAGCAUGUUGAACUAGUUGCUUCAUGCAGAACUGCUCUGCAUGUAUACUGUUGUUCAUGUUUUUAAAUAUGAGGUUUUCGCCUCGCCUGGUUUGUAAGGGGCUUAAAUCACGCUGUGUUUUAUCGUAACGAUUACAGGCAAGUGCUCCUUUAACAGCUGUAUUUGUUUCACAGAGGACAUCUUCGAUAUUACGGUUGCUUGAGAAAUGAGUUAGAAAAGACGUAGCUCACGGCGAGGAUUGCUGCUAGCUGCUGCAUAUGGUAUUGCUGUUCGAUUUUCGCUGAAAAAUUCGCGUCAUGAUUGUUAAGUCGUUACACCUGAGCAGGCUUAUAAGCCUGCUAAGGUGUAACGAUGCGUCACGAUUGUGAAGUUCUUGCCGAGCGUCAUGAUUGUGAAGUCCUUAC